ACACUCAACAAGUUAUAUAAAUGCCCUGGAGUUUUGUGCCGGACAUCAUAGUGUAAAGAUUCACCAUAGUAGAGAUACAGAAAUCAAAUCUCCGAGACAAUGAAGGUUAUAAUCAUCCUCGCUUUCGUGGCAAUGGCCACCGCCGCGGACUUCUCCAGCUUCUCGUACGGCGUUGCUGAUCCCUACACUGGUGACUUCAAGAGCCAGAUUGAGAGCCGCGCUGGUGAUAAUGUACAAGGCCAGUACUCGCUGCUCGAACCUGAUGGCACCCGUAGAACUGUCGACUAUGCUGCGGGAGCUGAAGGUUUUAAUGCCGCCGUGAGGAAAGACCCAGCCCUGAUUGCUAGCAUCCCAUACGCAUACGGUUAUGGAAACUGGGCCCCUUACGCAGGAUUUGGUAUCGCGCCAUACGCGUACAACCGUCUUCUUUGAAUUCAAAUUACCGCGGCAUUGAAUUUGUAAAUAAAUGACUUGUAAAUAAAAUAGGAGCCAUACGACA